GUGCAUAACGGUCCCUACAUGUAAAAAUUCUAAGCACGAAUAGAAAUAUUGUCUGUAUAAUUUUAAAGCCAAAAAUAUACCUUUACUGAAGCUUAAGAUCAAGGCAUAACUCCUUGAAUAGGGGAGCAAACACACACAUUUGCUUUAAAAUCGUUUAUUAUUUGAACACCAAAGGAUGCUUCCGCGCGAAUGUCCCAAAAGGACUUCUAGUAGCAGUAUUUACGAGUCUAAAUCGCAAGAUGCUAGUCCUGAGGUAUUCAUGUCGUCCGUAUGCAGUGGGAUUGUCUCCAAAGGGAGGCGGGCUGAGCUGGCUGGGAUUAUAAAUUCUGAGGACGACAUCACACUGGCAUUUCAGGAACCCUGUUCCUUCUUGUCAUCGAUCUCCCUGACACCCUCUCGGCCGCGCCCUAUUGACAGGGGUAUGGAAGGCCAGCCCAGGCCCAGCAUCUCACCAUUUCCCAAUUCCCAUCGCGCGUUGCUCACCCUUAUCGCCGCCAUUGCCACGCGGUCCACGGACUCACCGAUCGCGCGAUCCCUUUUGGAGGGCAUUUUCACCACCUUUGUCGCGGUAUCCGCCGUAACGGAGGAUAGACGAAGCACCGAUGUGGAUAAAGGGGAUCGUCAAGGGAUGGACCGGGAUGUGCCUGUGACAGGGGAUGUCCCGUUUUACACCUGUUACCCCGAACUGAAAGCUCUACAUGAGGUCAAUAAUGUGCGAAAGAUACUGUAUAGCCUGCAGACCUCUCCGCCACAUGCUCGACUCAUUUUUUAUAACUUAUUGGAGUAUCAUAUUCGUGGACUUCAUGAAAUUCUUCCAGACCCUUUGUUUGAAGCCUUCAUCGCUGUUCUGAAUAGUGCUCUAAAACAUCACACUUCUUUCUUAACAAAAAGUCGAAUGCAUUUGUUUGAAAUGCAACUUCUUGAAACGGUUGCGGCGGUACAAAUGGAGCUUCUGAAGCAAACAAAGAUGCUCACGGAAAGAGCCACCAUUAUCACACUAUGCUUUAAACACACUAGUUCUAAUGUUUCACAGCCUUUCUGAGAAAAGGAAAUCAAACAAGUCAUAGUAUAAUUCCAGAGGUAAUCAAUUCUCGAAAUUUAAUAUUUGUUUCCGACGAAAAACAAUAUACAUUGAUAUAUAUA